AUGAUCUUUGAAUAUGAAAGUCAAAUUGUUGAAUGUGAAAGUAUUGGUGAACUGACUUUCAAAUACAAGGAUACUGGUGAAAUGACUUUUGAAGAUACUAGUAAAAUAAUCUAUGAAGGUGUUAGUGGUGCAAGUUUCAAGUCUGAAAGUACUGUUGCAACAUUUGAAUAUAAAGAUAAUUUAUGA